GCGGGCGUCCCGUGUGCUUGGCGUCAGGCCCAGAGCGGCGGCGGGAGCGGACGGGGCGGCGGCGGCUGCCCCCGAGCCGUCCGCGCUGCUCACGUGGGUUGUCGGAACGGGUGCAGAAGUACCCGUGUGCCCGUGUCACCGGGGCUGCCGGGAAUGUCCACGGUGUCGCUGCCCGGGACUGGCCCCCAGGCUCUGCCGAGCGCUGCGCUGUGCCUCCUGCCGCUCCACGUUUGACAGUUAAAAUUUUCAAUUUUCUACAUAAAAUUGAAGGGGGUUGUUUUUCGGAAUGUAUCCUUACAGUCAUUGCUGCAGGUUUUGGUGCUGUCAGCUGCUUUUGCCAAACGAGACUUGCCAGUUUUCCCCGCUGCCUAAUGCAAGCUUUCUGUGUAGCCCUAAAUGAUAAAAAGUCAUUUGAGCGUGAUUAUUCUGACUUUAUGCUAUAGCUGGGUUUGAGUGAUAGUUUUCAUUCCAAGUAUUGCUUUUCUAAUUAGGAGAGAUUGAACACUUCUCUUUAGACUUAAGUUUCUUGUAAUUGUUCUGGCAGCUUAGAAAGGUGCAUGAGAUACUUGCCAUUUCUGACUUAUCCAAAUGUAGGGAAAUAAUUUUCCAGUUGAAAUUGUUACUUUUACUUGGUUUUGGUUUGGUAGGGAGAAAACUCAAAAUUUGUAAUUCUAAACCAGGAGAGAUUGGCCAUCUAUAGUCCCUUUCCAAAACCCACUGUCUUUGCUUUUUGAGGAACUGUUGCCUUCGGUUUUCUUUCAAGGAUAAAUAUUGAAGCUUUUGAGAGAGAUUGAACUGGUUUCUUUCCAGAUGCCUAACUUCUUAUGCUGGUGUUACAUGAACCAAGAUGCUCAGAACGACAUAAGCCAGCUUGUCACAAAAUGUGUCUUCCACUUUACAGUUCUUUUUGCAUGAAGUUUUUGGCUAAAUUAUUAAGUUUGCAUGAGCAGGUAACAGACCUUCAGGACAUACCAUCAUUGGCAAAAAAAGUGUUGUAAAAGCAAUAACAAUUACAAAGCUAACUGGAUACAUUUGAUAUUCAUGGAGCACUGAUUUGGUGACACUGAAGAGUGGGGUGUUAACAGUAUUUGCCUUCAAAGGAGAAUAAAUACCCAUAAUACAGAAGAAAGACAGUGUCCUUUUAGUAAUGCUUAGUAUUUUCUUGGCAUCUUUAAGGAGGCAGGGGGUGAAAGAGGGUGGCAUGAUGUUCUGUUAGAAAUAGCAAAGCAGUCUUAUGAUAUAGCAUCUUGGUUAAAGAAUGCCCACAGGUUUUUUAAAAUAGGUAUUUUGUAACUACAUAGGAAAAAGUGGAAAAGCUCUUGUGUAGAGGAAACUAAAACUUUAACAACUGACGAUAGUGGCUUAGGGUGUGUGACAGAGUGCAGUCAAUGUGAAAAUGCAGAAAGAAUGUCUUGAUAUGCUCCUUUGGGUUUAGAAUUGAUUAAAUCUGAUGUUCUGAGUGUUUUAGAUAUUAUUUCACUUUCUUUAAAAAGAGAAAAAAAAAUAUUAUUUGCUGACCAGAGUAUUGGUCUUCACAGGGUAGCUCCAGAUAGAGGCUCCAGGUGAUGGCUGUUGCUGAAGUCACUGCCAGUGCUUACUGCCUACCUGUCAGCUGGAGCUCUGAUGUCCCUGCCACCGCUGCUGUUAGUCUAGGCACUGCCCAACCCACCUCUGUCAGAACAUGAGUUUGUUCAUAGCUUGGGUAAAUGAUGGCUCAGCUCCAGCAAGGAGGUCCAGAUGAAAAAGAGAAGACCACUGCAUUAAAGGAUUUAUUGUCUAGAAUAGAUUUGGAUGAACUAAUGAAAAAAGAUGAGCCACCACUUGAAUUUCCUGAUACUUUGGAAGGAUUUGAGUACAUUUUUAAUGAAAAAGGGCAAUUAAGACACAUUAAAACUGGGGAGCCAUUUGUUUUUAAUUAUCGUGAAGAUUUGCAUAGAUGGAACCAAAAGCGCUAUGAAGCCCUUGGAGAGAUCAUUACUAAAUACAUUUAUGAACUACUGCAGAACGAAUGCCACUUGAAGAAAGUAACUCUUCCAGUUGAUGCAAUUGAGUCUGAACCAAAGAGCUUUAUCUUUAUGAGUGAAGAUGCAUUAGUAAAUCCUGACAAGCUGUUGGUCCUAAUUCAUGGUAAUGGCGUUGUCAGAGCUGGUCAGUGGGCUAGGAGACUUAUAAUUAAUGAAGAUCUGGACAGUGGGACACAGAUACCGUACAUAAAGAGAGCUAUUGAGGAAGGCUAUGGAGUAAUAGUUCUGAAUCCCAAUGAGAACUAUAUUGAAGUUGAGAAGACAAAAGCCCAAAUACCGCUGUCUUCUGAUAUCUCAGAUGAACCUGCAGAAAAGAGAGAAAGAAAAGAUAAAAUCCAAAAGGAAACAAAGAAGCGGCGUGACUUCUAUGAAAAGUAUCGAAAUCCACAGAAAGAAAAAGAGACUAUGCAGAUCUAUAUUAGAGAUAAUGGCUCUCCUGAAGAACAUGCGAUUUAUGUUUGGGACCAUUUUAUUUCCCAGUCAGCUGCAGAGAAUGUAUUUUUUGUUGCUCACAGUUAUGGUGGACUUGCCUUUGUAGAGUUGAUGAUUCAACGAGAGGCAGAAGUAAAGAAUAGGGUAACUGCUGUGGCGUUGACAGACUCAGUUCACAAUGUGUGGCAUCAAGAAGUUGGGAAAACUAUUAGAGAAUGGAUGCGAGAGAACUGCUGUAACUGGGUGUCCAGCUCCGAGCCCCUGGACACGUCGGUGGAGUCCAUGCUGCCAGACUGUCCCCGUGUCUCUGCAGGUACAGAACGCCAUGAACUAACUUCUUGGAAGAGUUUUCCAUCUGUUUUCAAAUUCUUCAGUGAGGCUGUAAAGGCAAAGAACAGCUUGGUGAAACCAACCCCAACAAGGCGCUCCAACAAGAUAAAAUACGAAGAAUUCUAAAAGGAGGGGAGAAAAAAAAAACACCACUAAUGUCUUUACUGCUUGUUUUCUGCAAGGAGUCUCCCAGCCCCUCAUUAGAUUGUUUUCUUCCUAGAGCACAGGGUCGUGAUGUAUACAUCUAAAUAGCGUUUUGCAUUAUUUCUAGAUGAGUGCAACUGUCAAAGCAAUAUGGGUUCACUGGUUGUGCUUCCUGUGGGCUGUAACUUGGAUUUUGUGCUGCCCAUCAAUGUGCAGAUUAAGGCUGACAGUGGUACUGCACAGUGCAGCAUGGUGCAGCUCUAAUUGCCCUGACAUAGCCCUGCACCAAGCUGAUGCCAGAAUUUAACAGCUUCCUCACAGUCCUAUUGCCUGCAGGAUAUUUUGCAGCUUCCUUCUAUUUUAAGACAGAACAAAAUACAAAUUACUCUUUUCUAAAAGAUGGACCUAACUCAAACGUGUUAACCAGCCUAUGAUUUUACACCUAGUAGCCUUCCCUUACUCUGGGACCAAGUGGAAUUGACUUCUAACUCUCUCAUUUUUCUGCUGGCAAGAGUGUCCAAGAAGUUUGGCCCAGAAUUCUAGAAAGGCUCCAUUGCUGAAGAGAUUUUCUCUUGCUAGAUCAACAGCAUUAUCUGUAGAUCUUCUCUUCCUUUGGAAAGCUCUACUUUAAAAAUGCCUAUUCAUUAACAGGCUGGAUCACACUGUGAAAUAUGACAG